AUGGCGACCGGAAAUUUAACAUCAUCGAUUCGUACGAUAUUGAAAUGUUUUCUCGUAACAAUAACCCUCGCAUCGAGUACCGGUUACCCGUUUUUUACGGGAAAACAAUAUUACAGAACGGUACCCAUUAGACGUUCAUACGUAUCGAUACCGAUAAAUCGAUAUCGUAACGAGUAUCAAUUACCGGAAUACGAGGAUCCUCCUUACCUUCCGGUAAAUCAAUAUAAUUACGAAUAUAACAACGCAUUAGACAAAUAUCCGUUCGUACAAUAUAUAGGCUACUAUCCGGAUAGAAAUUAUUACAAUGAUAAAAUGUAUAGAAAAAAUUCAGAGAGUUACGAAUAUUUCGACGAUAGAAAUACUCAAGAGAGCGAUGAUGAUGAUGAUAUUAUAACCGAUGAUAAUUACAGACAAGAAAAACCGGAAAAUUAUCCCUACGGUCAAGAAACGUGGUACGAAGAAGAAUUACCGACGAAAUACGAUGAUAGAAAUGCUGAAGCGAACGCGGCAUUUUUACAAAAUUUAAUUCUGGCACAAAUGUAUCAGGAUGCGAAAAAUAGGUACACCUACGGUUACGGUGAAAAUUCAGACGAUUACGAUCAUCAGCAAUGGUUUUACGGUGUACCAACGACGGAAGUCGAUGAAAAAGAAAAAGUUAAACAAUAUUUUAAAAAUAAAGAAGAUGAAGAAGUUAAAGAAUUAGAAUCUUUGGCUAGAAAAAAAGGAAAGAGUAAAAAAUUAAAAGGAAAAGAAUUACCAUCGUACAACAGCAAAAGUAACAACAAACAAAAAAAUAUCGAAAUAAUUGAAAAACCGACAAAAUCGAAAUCGAAAAUGACUGACGAUGAAUAUUUCGAUUUACAAAAACAAAUAAUCGUUAAUAAUCGUAAAAAUAAUUUUUUAUUAAACGGAGAUGAUAAUUUUAAAAUAAAUAAAAAACAAAAUUAUGAUUAUUCAACGGGAGAUGUUAUGAAUAAUAAUAAUAAUUUUUGGGAUUCGUACAAACAAACAAACAAUAAUAAAAAAAUAAAAAAUUUAUCGAACAGCAACAGCAACAACAAAAAUUCAAUUCGAAAUGAGAAAAAUUUAGAAUCGGAAACGACGACGUCUAGUACGACGAUAUUACCAUCUUCUUCUUCUGCCACGAUGAAUCCAUCUUUUAUCGGACAAAAAGAAGUCGUGUUACCGAGACCUUCGAAUCCUGUACGACGACGACGACCUUUUGGAAAAUUUUUAAUUUUUGAUUGGUUGAUAAGUAAUCCAAUAGGAAAAUUUUUAAUUUUUGAUUGGCCGAUGGUUAUGACGAUUUGA